GCGCGCUCGCCAGCGCAGUCGGCGGUACUUGAGAGGCUUGGUGAGCCGCCGCGGAAUCGGUUUCGCCAGUGUGUGACGAUCUACAGCAUGAAGGUCUUCGCUCUGUUGUGUCUGGCGGGCGCGGCGCUGGCCCGGCCAGAGAAGCUGGACGGGCUGCAGCACAGACUCGACGCGCACCACCACCACGACGCGCACGCGAUCCCGGUGGCGCAGGUGCGCCAGGCGGCGCUGGAUCUGCCAGCGCCGGAGCCGUACGAGGAGGACCAGGGCCCGCCGCGGCCCUACCAGUUCACCUACCAGGCCGGCCGCUACCCCAACCACGUGGACAGGACGCACAGCGAGAGCCGCGGCACUGACGGCAUCGUGGUCGGCACCUACGAGUACCUGGAUCCGCUGAAGCGGGUCGUCAAGGUGGACUACACCGCCGACGAAGACGGCUUCCACCCCCGCGUGCAGGGCCCGGUGCCCCAGCCGCCCAGGGAGUCAGCGGCGGUGGCGCGUGCGCGGGAGAACUUCUUCACGCGCUCGGCGCAGAUCGCGGCCGAACACGCCCGGAUCGGUCAGGAGCACGCUGCGCUGCGGGCCGCCGCUGAGGCCAAGCGGGCGCAAGACGAGGCCGAGGCCGCCAGGCAGGACCAGUACACCGUCUGAUCGGCUGCCGGCCCGCUCUUGUCAGCGGCGUCGGGACGCGCCCGCCUCUCUCCGCUCCGCCGGUUGCGGCCUUCUCACCGGGCACCGCGCCACUGUCUCGCGUCUCAUUUACAUUCAGCUAUCAUAUCGUCCGUCCAGAGGGCAAAUAUACUGCCGUCCGCUCCC